AUGGCACCGAAAUCCUCACCGUUUGAUCUGGCCAAGUGCGCGAGACCCAAUAUCCUCAAAUUGAAGCCGUAUAGGUGUGCGCGAGAUGACUACAAAGACGACGGUACCAACAUCCUCCUCGACGCGAACGAGAAUGCCUAUGGUCCUGGUUUAGACCUUGAAGCGAACGGUAUUCACGACAACGGACAUAAGACGACGGUGAACUUUCUGGGUCUGAAUAGAUAUCCUGAUCCGCACCAACAUGAGCUGAAGGAACUGUUCUGUCGCCUCAGAAACACACAUGUUCACACAGACAAACAAUUGAAACCAGAGAACCUGUUCUGUGGAGUCGGGUCAGAUGAAGCCGUCGACGCUCUGUUACGCUGUUUUUGUGUUCCUGGGAAAGACAAGAUUCUGACCUGUCCUCCCACAUACGGCAUGUACGCAGUCAGCGCAGACGUCAACGAUAUCGAGAUCGUUCAAGUGCCCCUUGACCCUGAAAAUGGAUUCUCGCUGCGACCCCAACAGAUCUUGGACAAACUCUCCGCUGAUUCCUCCAUUAAGAUGGUGUAUAUCUGCUCUCCUGGAAACCCUACCGCUAGCCUCAUACCCAAGGAAGACAUCCGACAAAUCUUGGAGCAUCCUACGUGGAACGGCAUUGUCGUUGUGGACGAGGCAUACAUUGACUUCUCACCUGAAGGGUCAAGCCUGGCCGAAUGGGUGUUGGAGUGGCCUAACCUGGUGGUGAUGCAAACAUUGAGCAAAGCAUUUGGUCUGGCGGGGAUCCGACUAGGAGUGGUCUUCAGCAGUCGCGAGAUUGCUGCGCUGCUCAAUAACAUGAAGGCGCCAUACAAUAUCUCAAGUCCAACCAGUGCCAUUGCAAUAAAGGCGUUACAAGAAGAGAAUCUGGCAGUCAUGCGGCGAUACCGCGAGAAAAUCAUCCAACAACGAGACCGACUUCUUCGAGAGCUCCCACUCGUCCCAGGUAUUGGCCGCUUCCGAGGAGGGACUGCUUCAAACUUCCUGCUGGUCGAGAUUCUGGACAAACCGCGGGAAGAGGGUGGACAGCCAGACAAUGUGACAGCUUUAAAUGUUUACGAGACUAUGGCGGGGCAACGUGGAGUGGUGGUCCGUUUCCGUGGAAAGGAGUACGGAUGCAAGGGCUGUCUGAGGAUCACGGUGGGGACUGAGCAGGAAGUAGAUCGUUUCCUGAAGGAAAUCAGAUCUGUCUUGGGUCACAUUUAUUCAGCUUCAUCACGAGGCUCGAACGUCAAUGGAAUCAACAAGCAAAAUCAGAAUGAGGGGGAACGCGAGGCGGCUGCCAACAGUGCUUAG